AUGCGAGGCCUGGUACAGUUCAUCGCCGAUUUGCGAAACGCGCGUGCCCGUGAGCUGGAGGAGAAGCGCAUCAACAAGGAGCUGGCCAACAUCCGGCAAAAGUUCAAGGACGGCAACCUCAGCGGCUACCACAAGAAGAAGUAUGUCUGCAAGCUGCUGUACAUCUACAUCUUGGGGUGGAAUGUCGAUUUCGGACACCUCGAGGCCGUCAAUCUGAUUUCCGCCAAUAAAUACUCGGAGAAGCAGAUUGGCUACCUGGCCAUGACGCUGUUCCUGCAUGAGAAGCACGAGCUGCUCCACCUUGUGGUCAACAGCAUUCGUAAGGACCUUCUCGACCACAAUGAGCUCUUCAACUGUCUUGCUCUGCAUGCCAUUGCCAACGUCGGAGGUCGCGAAAUGGGAGAAGCUCUCAGCGGAGAAGUACAUCGGUUGCUCAUCUCGCCGACUUCCAAAUCGUUUGUCAAGAAAAAGGCCGCUCUGACCUUGCUGCGACUGUACCGAAAGCACCGGGACAUUGUACAGCCUCAGUGGGCCGAACGAAUCAUCCAUCUCAUGGAUGAUGAUGAUCUGGGUGUUGCGCUGUCCAUUACCUCUCUUGUCAUGACUCUGGCUCAGGACGACUUGGAGCAGUACAAGGGCGCCUAUGCCAAAGCUGCGGCUAGACUUAAGCGCAUCCUGAUUGACGGCGAGUACACCACCGAUUAUCUGUAUUACAAGGUUCCAUGCCCUUGGCUUCAAGUCAAGCUUCUGCGGCUUCUGCAGUACUUUCCUCCUUCAGAGGAUACGCACGUGCGUGAGCUGAUUCGAGAGUCUCUGCAAAAGAUUCUCAACCUCGCCUUGGAAUCAAGCAAGAAUGUGCAGCAGAACAAUGCGCAAAACGCAGUCCUCUUUGAGGCCAUCAAUCUCAUCAUUCACUUGGACACCGAGCAGGACUUGAUGAAGCAAAUCUCCUCUCGCCUAGGACGCUUCAUCCAGAGCAGAGAGACCAAUGUUCGAUAUCUUGGUCUCGAAGCCAUGACCCAUCUUGCCGCGAGAUCUGAAAAUCUUAUUCCGAUUAAGCAGCACCAGGACAUUAUUCUCAGCUCUCUCAAGGACCGCGAUAUUAGCGUUCGCAGAAAGGGUCUUGAUCUCCUCUACAGCAUGUGCGACUCGACGAAUGCCCAAGUCGUUGUUGGCGAGCUUCUGCAGUUCCUUCAGAGUGCGGACUUUGCCAUCCGUGAGGAGAUGGUUCUUAAGAUUGCCAUUCUCACGGAAAAGUAUGCCACUGACGUCCAGUGGUAUGUCGACAUAUCCCUGCGACUGAUUGCCAUGGCCGGUGAUCAUGUUAGCGACGAAGUGUGGCAACGAGUGAUUCAGAUUGUCACCAACAACGAGGAGCUCCAGGUUUAUGCCGCUCAGACCGCUCUCCAGCACAUCAGAGCCGACAUCUGCCACGAGACGUUGGUCAAGAUUGGCGCCUACAUUCUUGGAGAGUUUGGCCAUCUCAUUGCUGAUCAGCAGCGGUGCAGCCCCAUUGAGCAGUUCCUGGCCUUGCAGCGGAAGUUGUCGGGAUGCUCAUCGAGCACGCGCGCCAUGAUUCUUUCCUGCUUCAUCAAAUUUGUCAACUUGUUCCCGGAAAUCAAGCCUCAGCUCGUUCAUGUUUUUGAAAUCUACAGCCACACUCUGGAUUCCGAACUGCAGCAGAGAGCUUGUGAGUAUCUGAAACUGGCGACGCUGCCGACAGAUGAUCUCCUGCGAACAAUGUGCGAUGAGAUGCCGCCAUUCCCCGAACGAGAGUCCGCCCUGCUCUCUCGCCUGCACCAGAAGCACGCCGGCACUAGCGACCGGAGGACAUGGGUUGUCGGCGGCAAGUCUGCCAAUACCGAGGCGGAGCUCAAUAUGGCCAAGCCUGGCGGUCUUAAGAGGACAUUUAGUUCUGCUGUUCCGCUCAACGGGAACAAGGCCAACGGUGUCAACGGUAGCCAUGCAAACGGUGCCUCUGAUCUUGCCGGACUCGACAUGAGCUCGCCAACAAGCGAGCAAGCGCCGAAAAAGGCGCCGAACCUUGCCAGCGCUGCUCAUCUGUCUCCUGGGUGGGAGAAGGGCUUCAACAGGCUCCUGCUCAAGGCUGAGGGUGUCUUGUACGAGGAUGCCCAGGUGCAGAUUGGCGUCCGGUCCGAGUACCGUGGACAGAUGGCCUGCAUCAUAGCCUAUUUCCGAAACAAGAAUCCAGGGACCAUCACGUCCUUCACCACGACGCUGGAUCUUGAUGAGAGCGAAAAGGGCCAUCUCACAUGGGAUGUAAAGGGUCUCCCUGAGAGCACUCUUGGCCAAGGCUCGCAGACACAGCAGGUCAUCAUGUUUGAAGCCAAGAAGGUGUUUGAUAAGAGUCCGACGAUGCGUGUCAGCUACUUGGCUGGCGCGCUGCAGGCACUCACACUGAAGCUCCCCGUCACCAUUCACAAGUUUAUGGACCCUGCGGAGCUUUCUGCUGAGGACUUCUUCAAGCGGUGGAAGCAGAUUGGUGGCGGUUCCCGAGAGGCUCAGGGCAUCUUUGGUCUCUCUGGCGGCAAGAACAGCGCCAGGGAACUCACCGAGAAGUUCGUGGCCUCGACGGUCGAGGGCUUUAGAUGGCGCCUCCUUGACUUGGUUGACCCCAACCCCAAGAACGUUGUCGGCGCCAGCGUGCUUCAUACCUCGGAGGGCGGCAAGUUUGGUUGUCUCAUGCGACUGGAGCCCAAUUACGGCACUCAGAUGAUUCGGUUAACGAUCCGAGCCACCGAUGAGUCGGUACCUCAGGUUCUUCUCAAGCUCAUGCAAGAGCGACUGUCCGUCGGAGUGUCAACGAUGCCCGAGAGAUACGACCCCCCAACACGACAAGACAUCUCUGACGCUUUUGGGAGUGUAAUGGUUAACUAA